GGGUUCCUGAAGGGCUGGGUGAGGUGAGUCAGGCGGCAAGUCGGGGUGACGAGCGAGGGGGACCGUGCGCAAAGAGGGAUCCGAGAACGGGGGACCUGUUGGGAGCAGCUCUGGAGCAGGAGGCGCUGGGUAUAUGAGUGAGCUAAAGCUGCAAAUAAAGACGGAGAGAGAGCAGUGCCAACCGGGAGCAGGGCAAGGAUGCCAAUUCCUCCUCCCCCUCCACCCCCACCUGGUCCUCCUCCACCUCCCACUUUUAAUCAGGCAAACACAGAGCCACCCAAGCUGAGCAGAGAUGAGCAGCGGGGUCGAGGAGCCCUCUUACAGGACAUUUGCAAAGGGACCAAGCUGAAGAAGGUGACCAGCAUUAGUGAUCGGAGUGCUCCCAUCCUCGAGAAGCCCAAAGGAAGCAGUGGUGGUUAUGGCUCUGGAACAACUGCCCUGCAGCCCAAGGGAGGUGGUCUCUUCCAAGGAGGAGUGCCGAAGCUCCGACCUGUGGGAUCCAAGGAUGCUUCAGAGAACCUAGCUGGUAAGCCAGCCCUGCAAGUCCCCAGUUCUCGAGCUGCUGCCCCAAGGCCUCCAGUGUCUACAGCCAGUGGGCGUCCUCAAGAUGAUACAGAUAGCAGUCGGGCCUCACUCCCAGAACUGCCCCGGAUGCAGAGACCCUCUUUACCGGACCUCUCUCGGCCUAAUACCACCAGCAGUCCUGGCAUGAAGCACAGCUCCUCUGCCCCUCCCCCACCACCUCCUGGGCGGCGUGCCAAUGCACCCCCUACACCUCUGCCUAUGCACAGCAACAAAGCCCCAGCCUACAACAGAGAGAAGCCCUUGCCGCCGACACCUGGACAGAGGCUUCAUCCUGGUCGAGAGGGACCUCCUGCUCCACCCCCAGUCAAACCACCUCCUUCCCCUGUGAAUAUCAGAAUGGGACCAAGUGGCCAGUCUCUGGCUCCUCCUCCUCCGCCUUACCGCCAGCCUCCUGGGGUCCCCAAUGGACCCUCCAGUCCCACUAAUGAGUCAGCCCCUGAGCUGCCACAGAGACACAAUUCUUUGCAUAGGAAGGCGCCAGGGCCUGUCAGAGGCCUAGCACCUCCUCCACCCACCUCAGCCUCCCCUUCUUUACUGAGUAACAGGCCUCCUCCCCCAGCCCGAGACCCUCCCAGUCGAGGAGCAGCUCCUCCACCCCCGCCACCCAUGAUCCGAAAUGGUGGCAGGGAUGCUCCCCCUCCCCCCCCACCAUACCGAACGCAUGGGUCAGAACCCCUGAGCCGAGGAAAGCCCCCACCUCCACCUUCAAGGACACCAGCUGGGCCACCCCCUCCUCCCCCGCCACCCCUGAGGAAUGGCCACAGAGAUUCUAUCACCACUGUCCGAUCUUUCUUGGAUGAUUUUGAGUCAAAGUAUUCCUUCCACCCAGUAGAAGACUUUCCUGCUCCAGAAGAAUAUAAACACUUUCAGAGAAUAUAUCCCAGCAAAACAAACCGAGCUGCCCGUGGAGCCCCACCUCUGCCACCCAUUCUCAGGUGAAGCCUGGCUUGGUCCUGUUCCUCAGGAAAAGAGUGGACCUUCUCUACUUCUCAGAUGGUCCCUUCCAUUCCCCUGAACCUGCAUGAGAGCUCCUAAUAUGUUUCUCCAGUGCAACCAACCCCUAGACUCCAAGCGUCCUCCCAGCUCACCUCCAUCUAUGCAUCUCGUCUCUGGACUUGGUGAUUGGACUCUUCAUAUCGACAGGGGGUCUCACAUCCUGCAUCCAUCCUUCCUCUAGCAAGCCCUGCUAGCCAGAUGAGAAAAAAGCUUCUGUGUCUCCUGCUUUCCUCUUGGGGAAAGGUGCCUUGUUGUGAUGAACUAACUCAUUGUUGGGUCAGGGUAUAUUCCCACUGUGGGGAAGUUUGGCAGGUUUAUUAUUUUCCAUCAUUUAGGAGGCUGGCAUGACCAGGACUUCUGGUUGGGAGGGGAGCAUUUUUAGUUAAACAGGAAAGGAUUUUGCAGAGAAGUGAUCUGUUUUAAAGGUCGACUUUGGAGAAAGGCAAGGAAAUGGGUCUGCUUUAUUUUUAGGGGUAUUUUGUUUUUGUUCUUACUCCCUCACCCCCAUCCCAGGGAUAAGUUGGAUAUAAACACUAAACACUAAUCAGUUGAACUUAACAUUUAAUAAAAAGAAGAGGGUGAAAUGAACUGAGGAUCAUUUUAGAGCUAGUCAGUUCCUCUGUAGCAAAGGGACCAGGAACCAUUUGAGUCCUCUGGAACUCCCUGCCCCAUUUCUUCAGGGUGCUAGGCUGAGAGAGGCUUCUCCCUCCACCCCAAGCCCUCAAAAGAAAAGUUACUUUGGGGGUGGCAUCAUUCACUCCUGAUUCACAAGCCCUAAGACCUCUGGUGGGAGAUAGGAAGAUAGGGUUUGGGCCUUGGCCUUGGCCUUAACUGUGACCUUGAAUCUGCCUCAGUCUUUUCUGACUGGCCCAAGUGUUCAGCAGCCCUUUCAGUCCAGGAUGACAAAGAAGGGACGGGUGAAGCACCUCGUGGAAGGGGCAGAUGAUGGGACUACAAAGGACUUUAAGGCCUAUUCGUACUAAAGUUCACCGCCCAUCCAUGUUACUGAGCAGGCUAUUCCUUUUCCUUUCUCCACCCCCCUUAUCUUCCCAGGACUGCAGAAAGUAGAGAAGGGUGAAGAAGUGAGUAGAGGUUUUUGGGGAUAUUCAAAGGUAUCCUCUAUGCCAAGAAGCACAAAGACUUUGGUGAGGUGUGCCUCAGUCCAGUAGAUCUUCCUUGGCAGCAAGCACUAUGUUUCAUUGUCUUCCAGGUCAUAGUUAAAGAGCACAGAGAAAAUGGAGGUUCCCAGUCUAGGCAGGAACUGAGUUGGAUGAUAAGAUGGGACUUCCCCUUCUCCAAUGGUAGGAUGGGGCAUCUGGACUUGACACACCAGAUGCUUUGGUCUGCUACAGCUGUUACCAUGUAUAGAAGCUGUGAUCAAAGCUUGGAAUGAAUGAAAACAGGGAGACCAUGACUGUUCGUUGAAAUGGAUGGGGAAAAUUAGUUUAAACAUUUUAUUAGACACAUCACAGGCCUAAACCACCUUAGGGACCUUCCCAAUCUAUUGGAUCGCAGGCUAAGGAUCUGUGUGUGGUGUCAGGCAAAACCCAAGUCUUCCCAGUGCUAGGUGAGGGACGGCUCAACUUGGGGUGUUUGUAAUGAGUUCUGCUCUUCUUUGCCAUCCCCUGGACCACAUUUACUCUUGGGACAAACCAUGACUGGUCUGUCACCAGACUUUCUAAUCAUUUUUUGUUUAUUGUUCUUUUCUAAUCUGCUAGCAGUUAUCUCCUGGAAGUCUCCCCAGUAUUCUGAAGUGAACAGAGCUAGUGGAGAGGAAAGGAGAGCUACAGGAGUUGAUACUGCAGCAGAGCUCCAGGGUAGAUGCUGACAAGUUCCUGAACUUUGACUGUGAAGUCUUCCCAUUUAUUUUUGAAAUGGGAGUCAAUGCCUUUUGUACAAUAUUAUCCAAGUGUGUCUUUUUUUGUUUUUCCUUAACUCAAACAUACAGCAUCAAAAUAUCACAAAUAAAGCCAAACCCCAGCUUUUCACUGGGGCUGAUAUCUUCCUCCCCAUGACCUGCUGCCCUUCAUAUUCCCCGGCAUUUGGACUGUGUCACAUAUGGGUAUUGAUUGUAUAUUUGUUGUCUUGACCUGGUGAAAAAAGGCCCAGAUCUAGAUCUGGUCACGUGGGUUUUCUUCUUCAGAGCAUGUUGAUGACACAGCACCUGUUUAAGUGUCUUUGCCUUAUACAUUAUUUGGUUCCACUGUUAAUAAUAGAUUUAUUAUCAUGUAUAUUUACUAUUGAAGAUGGGAAUGUGACCCUUAUAGUUACUGGUCUAUUUUGUAUGUUGUAAAAAGCUUAUAAUAUAGGUUUAAGGUGGGCUGGCUACAAGAGCACUACACCUCUCACCUUUUAAACUGCUCUUUUUAUCUGCUUGUGGAGGGUUGUCUCUUCGGUGGAAGAUUGGGUGGUCUCAUGUUGAGGCUGUUGCCCAGUCCAAAUAACUCCCUUUUCCCCUCCCAGAAGGAAGAGACAUUGCCCAACUAAGAAGCAUCAGGAAGCUGUGUUAAAAGCCCUUGUGUGGGUUUGGUUUUGUGAUGUUUUUUCCUAGUGGGAAAAAUGUAAUAGUUUCUUAGCCACCCUGUCUGGGAAGCAGGGCAGUGGUCUCCAGGUUUUUAAAUUAACUAGAUUUCCCUCUUCUCCCUUCUCUCUGGUCACCAAACCUGGACCAAAGCGCUUUGAUAUUCCAGGUAUGGUUUUCUCUGUCAUGGGGAUUUGCUCCAGCUGCAGAGCCCCAUCAUUUUCACGGUCUAGGCCAGCAGAGAGAGAGCCUAGGGCUACCCCAUCUAACGGAUGUGAGACUGCUUGGUCUCCAGGAACUCUUCCCAGCCCUCCUAACUGGCAAAGCAAGGAGACUCAUCACUGGCCAUUGCGCUGGGGGAAUCCCCCCACCCUGUGGCUUCCCAACUUAAAACCCAGAUUCACCUCCAGGGAUUGGUGAGAAAAAAAAUUGUAAAUAGACUUGCUACAGAGCAACUCAGGGUUGGGGUGUGUUUUAAUUCUCCUGAUCACUUGAAAUAAUCUGUAGGCUGAGUGCUUAUAGGAGUGGGGGAGAAGUGUAACUCCAGGGUCCUUCCCUUCUGUGAAGCUCUGGGGGUGGAGUGUAGGGCAUCUGAGGCCCUUUGAUAGCACUACACUGAGCUGCCUAACCUUCUGGAAACCCAACCUGCAAUCAACCGCAAAUCCGAUUCUUCACAUUCCAAUUGUAGUCUUUCCUUCCCUACUGAACCUCAGUCCCUGGUUGUGUGGUCAAGGUGGCUUUCUGUUAAGCCACCUUAAUUUAGGGAAUGGGAGAGGAGAGAGGAGGGCCAUUACAACUCUGCCUUCAAGACUCAUCUCUUAAAAAUGAAACAAAAUUACAACCACCUUCAAAAUCACAUGCAAAAAAAAAAAAAAGAUAACUUGUUUAUCCGAAGGAAGGGUUUGGUUCCAUUCAACUCCACGUUCAUUGUGCCUUUACUUGUGUUAGAUUUCUGUGCUUUCUUCCUCUCCCUCUUUGAAGCAAUUAAAAUCUUCCUUGGUAACGGCUGUUUCCUUCUUUCAACUCUUGUUUCUGGCAACUUAGUGGGUUCCUUCUCUAAUUAUCUUAAAACUCAUUCCACUGGUGACAGAGGGGCCUGGCCUUCUUUUCUCAUGUCUAACCUUUGUCCUUUCCCACAGUACCCAGCAUGAAAAGUCACCGUUAACACUGAAUAAGAGACUAGAAUGACACGUGUUUGUGCACGUGUGUGUGUGUGUGUGUGUGUGUGCGUCUGCAUGUGGAUCCAUUUCAUUACAAAAUAAUUUAUUGUAUGAUUUAUUUUGGAGUUGUAUUCUGAUUACAGUGCUCCCUCUCCCAAAUAGCAUUGAUUUUUUAUUUCUCCCUCUAAAUGUAUACUCUGGUCUCAGGUUGGAUUAUUUGGUAUAUUUCUUUUUUCUGGAUGCCGUGCAGUUUAAUUAAACCUUGCUUAAAAACAAAAACAAAAAACUGAAAACUGUGUACUCUUGUUGGGAAGACUGCCUCAAGUGAUGACAUAGAGAGGGAGGAAAAUCUGCUGCCUCGUCUUCUGGGUAAAUUGGUUGGUGUGAUUCUGAAUCGACUGAGAAAGAUGUGCUGAUAGGCAGAAUCAUCUGCAGCUUCCCAAGGGCUUUUCUCUCCUCUUCUGCUUCUGUAGAUUUGAAAAUCACAGUUCUUGUUGGCCUUUCUGACCAGGAGACUCUCGUUUGCGCAUGAUUUCAGGGAACCCAGGAGGCUCCCCUGGCUUUGUGUCUUUUCCUUCUGUCCCUUAGGAUUCUACCUGGGUGGCAUGACAGAGUCUCAGAUGGAAUGGGAGAAAAGGUGGAGACCAAGCAUACAGACUGUAUCUAUUUUUACGUGGGUGCUGGCUGUUUUUCUUUGCUGAAUUUUUAGCUGAAAUCUUAGCUGGUUUUCUUGAACUUUGACGUUAGGUGUAAAAAUUCAGCCAGACAUUCUCUGCUUUCUGUGGUCAGCCAACAUAAUAACCACUAAGGAAGACUUAAUGAGCUUAACUUGCACUUUUCAUUACUGGCAAAGGUCUUGAAAUUAUUUCCCAUACUGAUUCAUAAUGGGUGUGUGUAUGAAUCACUCUCACAUAAUUUAGAUAUAAAAAUCUAUGAGGGUAAGGGGGGGAGGGGAAAUAAAGGACUCCUUUCAUUUUCAUCCAUACUUUCCAGGUUGGCUGAAUCCCUGAUUAUCUGACCCAUCAUUGUUAUUAAUAUGAUUAAUAAACUACCUAUUUAUUGAUU